CCGGCUGAAAUAUAAGUCUACCACGUCCCAGCCGUCACCUUCCAUCCCCUCGCGAAAACCCUAGCAGCUCGGCGCCGCCUCCGCUCUCCAACCCCUCGCCUCAGGUUUUCCCUUCGCGGUCGGCCAGGUCCUCGGAGCGCGGGAGAUGGCGGAUCAGGAGACCCCGGUUGCAGUUGAGGCACCUACCCCUGUUCUUGGGGAGCCGAUGGACUUGAUGACUGCUCUGCAGCUUGUCAUGAAGAAGUCUGGUGCCCAUGAUGGCCUCGUAAAGGGUCUUCGUGAGGCUGCCAAGGCCAUUGAGAAGCAUGCUGCUCAGCUCUGCGUGCUUGCUGAGGACUGUGACCAGCCUGAUUAUGUCAAGCUGGUGAAGGCUCUCUGUGCUGAGCACAACGUUCACCUGGUUACUGUGCCUAGUGCUAAAACUCUUGGCGAGUGGGCAGGGCUUUGCAAGAUUGACUCCGAGGGCAAGGCAAGGAAGGUUGUAGGCUGCUCAUGUGUGGUUGUCAAGGACUACGGCGAAGAAUCAGAGGGCCUUAACAUAGUGCAGGAGUACGUCAAGUCGCACUAGAUACAGUGUGUUUCAGUAUCUACAUUUUAGGCCUGAGUUUGAAAUUGUGCUUGGUUUCUGGGCUUGCUAGGAGAUAGAACAAUUUUCAAGUGCAAGCCAAGAUUGAUGUGAACGAUCUGGAUAUCUUAACUCUUGUUUUAAGUGCUGUGUCAUCUGCUUUUAAUACAAAUCUCCAAGAGCUGGUAUUCUUGCUUGUUUC